AAAUCAUCCAUCGUCCAAUAUGGGUACGUAUGCUAAAAUCCAUCAGUAUCCAUCAUCUUUAUUCAUCAUAAAACUCACCUUUGGAUGAUUUUGUUUGUAUCUAUUAGCUGUUGGCAAGAACAAGUAAGAUCGCAAAAAAGUCCAUUACACUCUGAUGAAUGAUUCUUCAUCCUUUUAAUUUCAAUCUUGCUUACCCCUUUCUUUCCCCCCCGUCAUUGUAUAGGCGUCUUAGCAAAGGAAAGAAGGGUUUGAAGAAGAAGGUUGUUGAUCCCUUCACCCGCAAGGACUGGUACGACAUCAAGGCUCCUUCGAUGUUCGAUGUUCGCCAGGUCGGUAAGACCUUGGUCAACCGUACCCAAGGUCUCCGCAACGCCAACGACUCGCUUCACGGCCGUGUUGUCGAAGUGUCGCUCGGUGACUUGUCCAAGGACGAAUCGCGCGCUUUCCGCAAGAUUCAGUUGAAGGUGGAUGAAAUUCAAGGCAAGAACUGUCUUACCAACUUUUACCGCAUGGACAUGACCUCGGACAAGCUCCGUUCCAUGGUCAAGAAGUGGCAGACCACCAUUGAGGCUUUCGUCGAUGUCAAGACCACCGACGGCUACCUCGUUCGUCUUUUCACCAUCGCCUUCACUGCUCGUCGUCGCAACCAGAUCAAGAAGACCACCUACGCUCAGACUGCUCAGAUCCGUCAGAUCCGCAAGAAGAUGUUCGAGAUCAUGACCGAAGAAGCUGUUGCUUGUGACUUGAAGGAACUCGUCAACAAGGUCACCAGCUCUGCUUCCAACUCGGCUCAGGAUGCUAUUGCUGUCCGUAUCGAAAAGGCCUGCCAGGGUAUCUACCCCUUGCAGAACACCUACACCCGCAAGGUCAAGAUCCUCAAGGCUCCCAAGUUUGACGUCUCCGCCUUGUUGGCUCUUCACGGUGGUGCCGCCGCCGCCGGUGACGAAGUGGGUGCCAAGAUCGCCAAGGACUUUGUCGAACCCCCGGUGCUCGAAAGCGUCUAAAU